CGGCCGUUGUCAUUCUCUCACCGCGUCGUACGUACGAGAAAGACACAAUUAUGACGAGUCCACUCCGAUUUGUAAUUUUUACGAAGGAUUUGAUAUGGAGGGCAGGGAGUUAAUCAUCCCUUCUGGUAUUUAUUCCAUCGACGAUUUGAAAGAAUAUGGGAGAGAUCGUAACUGGUGUCCAUAUUUCCUUGCCAGAUAUACAAUCUUACAUGCACAGAUUGUAGUGUACAGCUAUCAUUAUUUAUUGGAUCCAAAGAUUGCAGAGACUGUAUCCAAAGAGCUAAGCAGGAGUUCGGUAGUUGUCUUUGACGAGGCUCAUAACAUAG